UUGCUUAUCGUCCCCAUGGGCGAUCUAGAAGUACCGGCCAAUAACAACCACACUGAUGCUAAUAAGCCAAUCCCACCAGAUGCACCAACUAACGGAGAUAAUGCACUUCCUCAUGUAGAAUUCACAGUUCUACACAACCGAGCCAAGCACCACUUCACUCUUCCUCCCCAUACUACGGUGCUUGAACUGAAGCAGGCUCUUGAGCCGUUAACAAAAGUUCCAGUAUCUAUGCAAAAACUCAUCUACCGUGGCCUUCUGGAAGAUUUUACCCAAAUACACUCUUUAAACCUAACUUCGCGGGACGCAAAACUGAUGCUAGUUGGAGCCAGCCAACUGGAGGCGGAUCGGCUGCGGCAAGCUGAAGAGGCUGCUAGUUCUGCAGUAGGAGAUGUAGCAGAACAGAACAAUCAAACGGGCGACGGGGAAUUGAGUUGGUGCGAGCAAACUGAGCACAAGCGUGUCCUGGAACGGUUCGGAAAGCCAGAGAAUGCUAUGGUUGGUAUUCUAAAUAGUGAAGAAAUGCUAGCUCCAAAUGAAUGUUUGACGGGACUGUGUGAUAAACGAGGUCAACCUUUACGUCUACGAAUUCGGCCGGAUACUUGCGAACUGUGGCUGGCUACGAAUGAUGUUACGCACAAAUUCCCCCUAUCCACAAUUCAUGAUGUUGUCAGCCAACCAAUCAAGGAUCAUCCAGAGUACCAUAUCAUGGCGUUCCAGUUAGGGCCAACUCCGAAGUCACGCUAUUUUGUGUACUGGUUACCGUCGCAAUAUGUGGAUUCAAUCAUAACGAUGGUACUACAACAUAAGGUGCUACGAUUUACCGAUCGUACACAGCACUGA